CAAUAAUCGACGCUGGACAUGACGCUAGCGGAAUGAGCGCACCACACCUCAAGACGCUCCUCGCGGCAGGAAAUGCGCUGCUGGAGCCGCCGAGCCCGCUGCCCUCGGCCCCGCCCGCGCUCCUCGCCCGCCUCAAGGCCGCCGGCGACCUCCUUCCCUGGCGCGACCGCCCAGGAUGGAGUGACGACGAUGAGCUCGAAGCGGUCGGUGACGAUGGUGACGACCCCGUCAAGCGCAAGGCGCGCCGCGAUGCGCUUGUCAUGCUCGUCGGGCAGCGCGCACUCGACCUGCUCGUCGCGAUGCAGGGUGUCCUGGCCAAAGAGUUCUGGCCGGCCGAGCACAAGGACGGUAUGGGCGAGAAGGACUUCUUGCUGGGUACCGCGGACCAGCGUCUCCUUCGCUUGCUGUUGCAGCAUGCGCUCGUGUCCUACCUCCUUCCUCUCGUGUUGGCGUAUGUGGCGGGCUUGCGCGAGCGGAAGGCGGUCGACCCGUGUUUAUCGGAGGCUGUGAGCACCUUCCUCGGUCUGACGGACACCCCGUCGCCGCCGAGCGGGGGCAGCACCCGCAUCCCCCACACGAGCAUCACACAGAGCAUCCUCUCCUCCCAUCUCCCGCCGUUGAUGCUCGCCGGCAUCGUUGUGGGGUGGACGCCGUCGGCCCCGCCAGCCACAUACUCUGCUUUGCGGGCGCAACUCCUCCAUACCCUCUCGGAGCUGUCGCCCACCCAGGCGAUGGGAGCACUGAGCACCGCGCUCAAAAUUGUCGGUGCGGGUAAGACCCGCCCGCCGAAAGGCUGGACGCGGACAUGGCCCGCUUACGUCGAGGGCACGCUCGGCACGCUGCUCAGCAACCAGGUCCUCCGUCCUGGCGGCGUCAAGGCGGUCAUGGAGAACGUAUUCGGCGAAGUUGGGAAUAUGGCGGGCGAGGGCGUCGACGGACCCAAGCUCGACCGUAUCGCUGGCCUGCUGUCGCGCGUCCCCAGGAGCAGCUCGCCGGAGACCUACAUUCCCUACCUUCUCGAAACCCUGUUCGGGCUCAUGGGCGAGGCCGCCGCGCCCGUGGUGUACUCGCACACGGCGGCGUACGUUGUCCAUCACCUAUGGGCGAACUCCCCAGUCGCCGUGACGUGGCUCAAAGCGCACCUCCAUGAGCCAUGGAACCCGGCACCAAGGGAGGGCGUGGUUCUCCGGGCUGAGGGCGUCCAGUCUCUGGUAGGCGCGACGGCCCAGCUUGUGCUUCACGCCCCGCCCUCGCCUGACUUCGUAAACUUCGUCGUCGGCCCGAUCUUGCCACAGAUCUUCGCCCUCUACGUCUUCCUCAAGCCGCAACCCACGACUAUGAAAGCGAAAGAGAAGGAAGGCGGCCUGGCCGCCGAUACUGAUCUCGUGCUUACGUCGUGGGGCAAGCUCGUAGGCAAGGACGACGGCGUCAAGGGAGUCUGGUCGAUCAUCACGACCGGGCGUGGGUGGUCCGUCUCAGAGCAUGGAGAGGUUCUACACUUCCAGAGGGUUGGCGAUGGGGCUGAGCUCGUGUACGGGUACCCUCAUACUGAAGAGUCAUUGAAGACCGAAGCAGACUCGAUGGAAGUCGACGAUCAGCUUGGCGACCUCGACCUUGCUCCCGAUCCGUUGGUCCUCGCCGACCUCUUGAAGAAGCUCGGGCGCGCCGACAUGUCAUCUGAAGUGUUCCUGCGUGUUUUGAACGAGUGGCGCGUUCGCGCCUCGUCCGAUGGGGACCCACUCAAGUCGCUUCUGUUCCUCCGACUCACCUUGGUGAUGAUGGAGACUUUGGGAAACAAAGUACUUGCGGAGCCUGGGCACGUUCUCGCCUUUGUGGAAGGCGUUUUGAAUGACGAGGCAACAGCGUUGCCAGAUAAGAAACCUUUUGUCCAGGAAGUCGGGGACGAAGUCGAAAUUCCAGAACUUACCGAGGACAGUGUGGAGCAACUUGGUUUGCUCGAGACAGCCAUCAGCCUACUCCUCGCGACACUGGAGGACGAAAGUAUCACCUUUGCUACUUACCCGAUCCUGCAUCCCAUCGCAUCGCACCUCACCACGCUGGAGUCCGCGCCCUCCGCCCACGUGCGGCAGUUAGCACGCGAGGCGACUCUCGUCCUCCUUGUGCGUAGAUCUGCCAGUCUUACAGCCGGCGGCAAGGUAUCGGAAUCGGUCUCGACUUAUCGACGCGCCCUCGGCCUCAUCGCAGACCCCAUCCUACCAGUACGCGCGCAUGGGCUGGUCCUGCUUCGCGAACUCGUUUUCAAACCGGACUACGACACAGCGCUCACCCCGGCCAUUCUCGACGUGUACAUGCAGGCACUCCAAGAUGCCGACAGCUACAUCUACCUCAACGCGGCGAAGGGACUGGCGGCUAUGGCCGACGCGCUCGGCAAAGAGAUUCUGCGCACUCUCUGUCGCGUCUACAGUGACACAGCUGAGACAAUGGACAAACGGUUGCGCAUCGGAGAGGCACUGGAGAUGAUCAUCAAACGAGCGGGGAAAGCGUUUGCCGCGAAUGUCGGCCUCGUCAUUCCUCCGUUGACGGGCGUUUUCCGCGACGCGGCUGCGCCGACCGUCCUCCGCACCAGCGCUCUGUCGUUACUGUCAACGGCGGCAGAGGAGGAUCAUCUGGCACUCUUGCCGUGGGCGGCUGAGCUCGCGUCGGCUGCUGUCGACCUCGUCCAGGUCGAGAGCGUUACCUCGUCGGCCUUCCGUCCUGCUAAACCGGAGUCAGAACCCAAACCCAGGCCGAAGGUCAUGCUCAUCGACGACGAAGAGCCUGAGCCCGAGCCAGCCUUAGAGGAAAAGCUACGCGUCAUUGACGAGGACCCGGUCACUGCCAACCCUAAACAUCCGGCAUUGCGUCGCGCUGCACUGGUCUUCCUCGGCCUACUUGCGGCAUCACUCAUCGAGGCUACCCAGAGCCAGCAGGAUCCAAGCGGAGCAGAGGAGUUUAAGCUCCGCCUACCCGGACAGAUUCACCCCGAGACCAAAAAGGACUUGAGCCUGGACAAGAGAGUGCUCGACCGCACUGUCACGGUGCUGCGAUAUGUUGCGGGCACAGAUGUGGACGAGGUUGUCAGAGGGCAGGCCGGCGAAGUUGUUGCGCUGGUUGAGCGCUUGAGGACACUGGAGGGCCUGCGGGAGGUUGGCAGGGCCUCGAGUGGCCGCGAGUUCCUAGCGUAGUCAUUUCGCUGCAUCGAUGUCGUGUCGAGAAGGAAGCAUGCAUCCGCAUUUCGCACUG